UUCCGGUUCCGGCGGCGGCGGCGGCGGCGGCGCGGGGGAGGCACCGGGAGGAGGAGGAGAAGAAGAAGAAGAGGAAGAAGAAGGAGAAGGAGAAGAAGCGGCGGCACCGCCAGCACCAACGCGACAAAGCGGCGCCGCGACGAGAAGCGAACACCCCCCUCCCCUCCCUCCUCUCCCCCCGCCCCGCAGGACCGGGAACGAUCCGCCCCCCCCUCCCCUCACGAACACAACCCCCGCCUCCUGGCCCGUUCCCCCCUCCCUUCCCGGCCUCCUCCUCCUUCUCCCGGAACCCGCCUCGCUGCUCCGGCCCGCGCCGCCCCCGCAGGAGGGAGAAAAUGAAAGCCGGCUGCAGCAUCGUGGAUAAGCCGGAAGGAGGAGGGGGCUACCAUUUCCCGGAGUGGGCGUACAAGACGGAGUCCAGCCCGGGCUCGCGGCAGAUCCAGCUGUGGCACUUCAUCCUGGAGCUGCUGCAGAAGGAGGAGUUCCGGCACGUCAUCGCCUGGCAGCAGGGCGAGUACGGCGAGUUCGUCAUCAAGGACCCCGACGAGGUGGCGCGGCUGUGGGGGCGGCGCAAGUGCAAGCCCCAGAUGAACUACGACAAGCUCAGCCGCGCGCUCAGGUAUUACUACAACAAGAGGAUCCUGCACAAGACCAAGGGCAAAAGGUUCACCUACAAAUUCAACUUCAACAAACUGGUGAUGCCCAACUAUCCCUUCAUCAACAUCCGGCCCAACGGCGUGGUUCCUCAGAGCGCUCCGCCCGUGCCCACGGCCUCCUCGCGGUUCCACUUCCCCGCCCUGGAUCCGCACUCUCCCAGCGAGGAUUCGCAGCCCGGGGCGCGCUUCCCGCCGGGCUCCCUGCUCCAGGCGCACCCCGAGCCCCUGGGAGACGCCGACAGGAAGCCGGAAUCGGCCGAGCUGGAGGAAAACGCCUCGGACUGGCGCCGGGAGCUGCUGGCCCCGUCCCACCCCUCUGCCAGCGCCGCCGCCGCCGCGGGGCCGAAGCGCAAGCCCGACGUGGUGCUCCCGCUCUUCUCCAGGCCGGGCAUUUUCCCGGAUCACCCCCACAGCCCCUUCGCCGUGUCGCCGCUGCCGGGGCGCCCCGGGGUGCUGAACGUUCCCAUUUCCCCGGCGCUGUCCCUGACGCCGACGCUCUUCUCCUACAGCCCCUCGCCGGGGCUGAGCCCGUUCGCCGGGAGCAGCUGCUUCUCCUUCAACCCCGAGGAGAUGAAGCACUACCUGCACUCGCAGGCCUGCUCCGUGUUCAACUACCACCUGAGCCCGCGGACGUUCCCUCGCUACCCGCUGGUGGUGCCGCCGCUGCAGUGCCCGGUGCCGCUGGAGGAGCAGCCGCCCUUCCCCAUCAAGCUGCAGCCGCCGCCCGCCGGGCGCAAGAACCGCGAGCGGCUGGAGAGCCCGGCGCGGGUGAAGGUGGAGCCGGCCGCCGAGAAGGAGCGCGACGGGAAGGCCGAGGAGCGCCGCGGCGAGGAGGAGGAGGAGGAGCGGGAGGAAGAGGAGAAGAUCCCGGUUUUCGCCCGGCCGGCGGCUCCCCCGGCGGCGUGGAUCCCGAUCCCCACUCAUCCUGGAUCUUCCGGAGAGGAAAACGCGGAGAAGCCGUCCCGGGAUUCCUCUGGAGACGCGGGGAAUCAGGAGAAGAGGGAGGACGCCCUGAUGCCCCCCAAGCUGCGGCUGAAGCGCCGCUGGAACGGAGAUUCCCGGCAGGAAAUUCCCGAGGAUUCCCGGCAGAAUGGGAUCUGGCACCUCCCCAAAGCUGUGGCUGCCGCCUCCGACACCUAAUCCCGGCUGGAAAACAAACAAAAAAAAACCUUGGAAAACACCCGGAAAAAAAAGAAAAAAAAUCCGUGUAUUUAUGUAGCAAGGUUGCAGAGCAGUUUGGGAUCAGGGCGGGGAGGGGGGCGGAGUAGAUUUGGGAAU